GCGAUGAGUUCGGCGGCGACGGCGAUCCUCCUCGCCGUCCUGUUAUUAAACGUCGUUGCAAACUCCUCAGACCAGAACGGGUGCGGGCCCACACAAAAGUGGGACACACAGAACCUCCGUCACGACAAGAUCACGGUGCUCAUGAACGGCUUCUCCGAGUCGCGCAUUCCCCUGCUCCAAUCACUGGCCGCCACGUACUCGCUCUCUCCGCUCGUAUCCUCCGUGAUGGUUCUCUGGGGAAAUCCUUCAACUCCGCCACGUGUCCUUCAUCAAUUGGCCCUGAACCUCUCGCUCUCCUCCUCGUCCGCACCAAUCUCCGUACACCGGAACCCCUCCAGCAGCCUCAACGCGCGGUUCCUCCCUCGCCCGAACGACAUCACGACGGACGCCGUUCUGAUAUGCGACGACGACGUGGAGGUGGACGGCGCGUCGUUCGAGUUCGCGUUCCGCGUCUGGCAAAGCAACCCGCACCGUUUAGUGGGAGUGUUCGCGAGGUCUCACGACGUGGACCUGAACCGGAAGGAGUGGGUGUACACGGUUCACCCGGACCGGUUCUCCAUCGUGUUAACCAAGUACAUGCUCCUUAGAAGCCGUUACUUGUUCCUUUACACGUGCGAGGGUGGGGCUCGCAUGGCGAAAAUGCGGAGCGUUGUUGAUGCGGUUAGGAAUUGUGAGGACAUACUAAUGAAUUUCGUGGUUGCUGAUUUCAGCAAUGUGGGACCCGUUUUGGUUGGGGCAAGGAAGGUUAGGGAUUAUGGUGAUGCCAGGAAUGAAGAGAUUGAAGAUUUGGGUUUGAGUGUGGGUUUGAGUAGCAGAAAAGGGGAACAUAGGAAGAGGAGAGGUUGGUGUAUAAGGGAGUUUCAUAAGCAGUUGGGGAGAAUGCCUUUGAAGUUUAGUUAUGGGAAACUUGUUGAUUCUGUUGGGGAACAAGGGUUGUGUUACAAAGGUGGCAAAUUGGUGUUUUGUGAUCAAUGA